AUGGUAACGACGCUCGGCCCGAAGAUGGCGGCCGAGUGGGGUGGAGGAGCGGGUUACCCGGGUUCAGGCCCGGGCCCAAGCGGGUGGCGCUGGAGCGGGUCUCUGUGGGUCCGAGGCGUUUUACUCCUCUUGGGCGGGCUCCGGGCAAGCACUACAUCUUUUCCUGUCUUCUUGGGCAGCUCCCUUCCCUGCCGGCACCACGUCGCCGCUGACUCUGAGGUCAUAACUAAGGUUUAUCUUAAGGCAAAUCAUAUUGUAAAGAGAGACAUCAAUGAGCAUUUACGAAUCAAGACUGUCUAUGAUAAAAGUAUCGAAGAGUUGCUCCCUGAGAAAAGAUACCUUGUAAAGGUAUGUAAUAAAUAUUCCUGGCGUAUAAAUCUUGGAUUAUAUCAAUGGAGUGAUAAAGUAGUUCGAAAAGUGGAGAGAUUAUGGGAUGUUCGGGAUAAUAAGAGAGUCCGUCACACCGUGUAUCUCCUGGUAACACCUCGUGUUGUUGAUGAAGCACGAAAACACUUUAACUGUCCAAUUCUGGAGGGAAUGGAACUUGAAAAUCAAGGUGGUAUGGGCACUGAGCUCAACCAUUGGGAAAAGCGGUUAUUAGAGAAUGAAGCAAUGACGGGCUCUCACACCCAGAACCGAGUCCUCUCUCGAAUCACUCUAGCAUUAAUGGAAGACACAGGCUGGUAUAAAGCUAAUUACAGCAUGGCUGAGAAGUUAGACUGGGGCCGAGGAAUGGGCUGUGACUUUGUCAGGAAGAGCUGUAAAUUCUGGAUUGAUCAGCAGAGACGAAAGAGGCAGAUGCCAACCCCUUACUGUGACGUACUCAGAAGUAGCCCAUUGCAGUUAACUUGCAGACAGGACCAGAGAGCAGUUGCAGUGUGUAACUUACAGAAGUUUCCGAAACCUUUACCGCGAGAAUACCAGUAUUUUGAUGAACUCAGUGGAAUACCUGCAAAAGAUUUGCCUUAUUAUGGUGGUUCCGUAGAAAUUGCUGACUACUGCCCUUUCAGUCAAGAAUUCAGUUGGCAUUUAAGUGGUGAAUAUCAGCGUAGCUCAGAUUGUAGAAUAUUGGAAAAUCAACCAGACCUUUUUAAAAAUUAUGGUGCUGAAAAGUAUGGACCGCAUUCAGUUUGUUUAAUUCAGAAAUCAGCAUUUGUCAUGGAAAAGUGUGAAAGGAAGCUGAGUUACCCAGACUGGGGGAGUGGAUGUUAUCAGGUUUCUUGUUCUUCUCAAGGUCUGAAAGUUUGGGUCCAGAAUACUUCCUAUUUAUGUAGUCGGGCCGGGCAGGUCCUUCCUGUCAGUAUUCAGAUGAAUGGCUGGAUUCACGGUGGAAAUCUCCUCUGCCCAUCGUGUUGGGACUUCUGUGAGCUCUGUCCUCCAGAAACAGACCCUCCAGUUUCUAACCUGACCCGAGCUCUACCACUGGAUCUCUGCUCCCGUUCCUCCAGCCUGAUGGUCACCCUCUGGCUCCUGCUAGCCAAUCUAUUCCCUCUGCUGGCUGGAUUUCUUUUGUGUGUGUGGCACUAGGAAUGGAGAAGUGAACUCUCAAGACAUUCCUUUGUGUCUGUUCCUCUGAGCAAAGCACAGAAUCCCGGCAGGUGCCAGCCCAUGCAGAUGGCAGAAGUGGCAUUCCUGAUGUUGGCUUGGAAGUGUUGACCACGGCCAGAGCUUGAAGCAGAGCUUCACAGCCGUCACUCCUCAUCAACAGCCCAAUAGUCUCAGAGUUUGGAGAAGUAGAAGAAAUUCUUUUUAUUUUUUUAUUUUAAUAGUCUUUUUUAUUUUUCAAGAUACAUGAUUUUCCUGAAGUUUUCCUUUGAAAAUGGGAUAAUUGGUGAAAUUU